GGUCUGCUUCUAUAGUCUGUCUAGUGGUCUACCUUUUGCAAGUAAUUUUGAGCCUGAGGGUAAGGCCGAUCUGCCGAGGUACGAUCACUGAAUUUUCUAAAUUUGUACACACAGCAUUCAGGGUGAGUCUGCCGCACCCCCCCGAACCUCGCAGACAUUUUACUUCUAUAGUGUUUUUAAAUAAAAUCUCAGAUUGAAAUAAGAUGCAUCAGUGUGGAUUAUCAUCUUUUUGUUUCCAGGCGUUCAUUUUUCAAGUGUCAUUUUCCCAGUUGUUUGGCACCGUACUUGGUGGUGGUAGUCAGCUUUGCCUGUCACCAAACAAUUUUCAUUCACCUUCAGAGUGUGGCCCUUUAGGUAUUCAAUCUCCAUCUGAGGUGUCAGAGUCUGUUCCAGCAAAAGUGACAGAGGAAAAUUAUUGGUGGAAUGCCACAAACGUGAAGCUUGAAUUUAAUAUGGAGAAUAUUGUGGCCAACCUAUUAAUUAUUCCACAGCAGUUUUUCUUGUUGUUUAAAUAUAUGUAUUCCAUCAUGAGUUUCACCAUUUGCAGUGUUUAUGAUGUAUUGCACUACUGUGCUAUUAUGCCUGCCAGCUACCUUCAGAGUAUUUUAUUUAAGCAACUUGCAGUAUUGGUUCUUCCGUGUUUUUAUGGCUUAUCAAUGGUGCUUUUCUCUUGGCUGCUUGUUUAUUAUGAUAGCACAAUCCCUGGAGUUUUCCCUCCUACUCCUGUUUCACCGAAAAAGCACAGGUUGCAAUCUGGCCAUACCUUUCAUCUCGGGUAUUUACUUGGUCUCAUCAAUGGUAUCAUUGUUUUUGGCAUAACAUUGUGGCAAGAAAUAAUGCAUUGACAGCAUAGCUCUAUAACAACAUCGUCCCAUAUAUCGUGUACCACUAGUCUCGGAACGUUUUGCACUAUUAGUUAUUUUUCCUCGAAACUGUGUUCCUUCGCCAUUAAGCUCGAUUCCUAACGCCAUAGCAUUUAGUGCUGCUGUUUAACUACUAAGUGAAAAUGGAAAUACCAGCCUCUUUUCCCUGUAUGCAACCUUAAUGAGUGAGCUUCCGCUGCGACAGCUCAUCUUCGCGUUAUUUCCUAUAAUUGAAAAAGAUGCCAUGAAUAAUGCAAAUUUAAAAUACAUAUUUAUCUUGGAUUUGAA